AUGGCUAAAUCAUCACCUGUAUACUCUAUGCCAUUCAGCUCAGACAGCAAAAUUCUUGAGAUUAAUUCAGUAGGUGGAGGUAUACAGGACAAUGAGGCUGCAUUAUUUGCAAAAUUAUUAACUGAACGUACUGAGAAUGAAUAUGGCCGGCAUGUGUUUUGGCCGACUGGUCGUGGUGAAGCAUUUCUGCACAAUUCAUUUAAUUCAUUUGAGAAUCGUUUCUUAAAGCAUUCUGAAUACGCCUUAUUGAUUGUUUCCGGUGAAAAUGCAUCAUAUCUGGAUCAUAUUUAUCCUAGAUUUCUUGUCUUUUUCACAGCGAAACAAACAUGGUCAGAUAGAAUAAUAAUUGUGUUUUUAAAACACCCUAAAGAUUCUUAUCUUUUCGAUACAAGUCUAUUGAAACACCCACCAAUUAUCUUCUAUGGAGAUUCAGCUAAUCAGUGGAAUGAUGAUAAAGAGGCAUGGUCAAAAAUUUUUGAUCUAAUAAAUAGACGCUAUGCUCCAGAAGACCAAAAGAACUAUCCGAAAUACCUUUUUACACCAACUGAAUACUAUACUGGUGGAUGGAUGUCUGUAACCGACCUCAGAGGACAACCAUUAGCUGUACGAAUAACUAGUAGUUCAAGUCAAACUGACUCAAUCCAAUCCAGUUGGCAUGAUCUAAGUACCUUAAUACCAACCAAUACGACUGGUUGUUUGUCUUACUCAGUAGAAUAUCAUAUUCCAACAAAUCCUAUUGAACAACGUUUAAGCCAAUCAGUGGCUGAAUUCGAACAUUCGCCCACGCAUUCACGUGAUGGUUCGCCAUAUUUACAUUUACACGUGAAUAAUUAUUACAAUAAUCGCAAUAAAAGCUUGAGUCCAAGAUGUUUUUCAAAAAAACAUCGACAUUACAAAACAAUCUGUGGAUUAAAUCCAUGUUUUUCAACUUCCUUUGGAAGUAUACCCCACAAUUUUGAUAAGUGCACUAAAGGUAAAUGCCAAAUUGAUACAUCACACUAUGAAAAUUCAUUGGAACAAGAUACAAGUGUUAAAACUGACUUCGUUUCUCAAACAAGGCAAAUGUGUAUUCCACGGAAAAAGUUAAAAAUUCGGUCCUGUGAAUUUUUAGCUGAUGCUAAACCAUCUAGGAAUAUAUUUGGACUAGGUAGAUCAGUAAAUAUCAGUGAUGGAUCAGAGUACAGUAACAACGCUGCACCAAAUCUAUCAGUAAAACAUCAGAAAAAGGUUAAACGAUCUUCUAGAAGGCAUUAUCUCUCCAAUGAAUCUAUUAACCACAAUACACCAACAAGAAAAUUGAUUAAACUUUUCAAAUUUCGAAGAAAGAAAGAUGUUCAUAUUGCAAAAGAAGCGUUUGGAAAUCAUUCGAAACUUGAGCUUGCCAAAGCUGUCAAAACUCUAUCAAAUGUUGGCCAGAGCUUAGCUGAUGCUUCAGUCGGUACUUCAAAGUCCUUAAAACCUCCUGAAGAUCAGUACGUUGAUACGCUUCAACAACCAUCAUGUUCAUACUAUACCAGUGUUCUAAGCAUACAUACACAAGCGGAACAACAUUUAAACUUGGAAAUAAAUCACAAUAAUAUAACCAUUGGACAUCAAGUUAGAGAAAAUGGAAAUGAAAGUUUUCAAGCUACACCUAUACCUUCAGGAGAUUUUUCUGACUCAGGUCUAUGGAGUUUAAGUCAAAAUCCAGGCGACGAUGUGAAUAAUUCUACACAAUAUAUUGUCUCAGGUUCAGAAAGUCCAGUAUUGGAUUUUAUUGACAAUCAGUGCAAUUCACUUCAAACAAAUGAAAUACAACUACAGAAAUCAGUUACAUCACCAAUAAAACCAGUUGACUUGGAAGUAGUAAAUUUAUUCCCGUGUUCAUUGAAAAGUCAACAGCAUACAGAGUUGAUACUGAUAAAGCCGACAAGUCACAGUGCAGCCUAUUCAAUGAUUGAAGGUGAACUAACAUCCACAAAUAAAAUUAUAUCAGGUAAGGAAACCAGUGAACAAGAUGAUUCAGUGACUAACUCCAGUAAAAAAGAAAAUUUCAACCCUGAAGUAACUGUAGAACAUGAAGAUAACAAACUUCUUAUUCAUCCAGAGAGUGAGUUAGAAUUACACGCUAAAGCUCAAGAAAAUGAUUUACACAAUCCUAUUAGUCAAUUACCUUUACCAAAUUUAAAGCCUGUUUCAUGCUCUUUCAGAGAGGAUGAUGAUAAAUCAUCUACCUCUCAAAUUUUGGAAAGUAAUUAUACUUUCUUCCCAGAAACUUCUCUUUCGAAUUUGGAUCUUUCGCAAAGAGUUUACGAUAAUCCAAAACCUUUCAACGAAAUUCCUAGUCAAGAUGUAACUUAUGCAUUAAGUAAUAUUUCGACAUUCGAACAAAAUUUAUCAGUUUCGCCCUUUAUUAACAGAGACAUUCUUGACGAAAGAACUGAACUGAACAGUAAACCAACAGAGGUUAAGGUGCAUAAAGUAACACCACCCUACCCUGAACCUAAAUCAGAAGUUCUACCUACACAUGAAAUGCUUCAGAAAUCAAGUCCAAAACUUCUGAGUUCAGAUACCGGACAUAUGUACGAGUUGAGUUCUAUCCAGAGAAAGGCAUCAAGUGAGAAUACUCUACAGUUUAAACAAAGCAUCAUGUCUACAAGUACUGAUGGUAGCUUUGUAAAAACUUCUUUAGAUCCCAUAACUUCAUCGGAAAUAACACAGAAAAAAGACAGUAAUGGAGCAAAACCAAAUGCUGAAUUAGGACAAAAUCUCACCUCUUUUGAAGUCAGUGAGUUACAUCUCCCAAAUAGUAGUAAGAUACUGCACGUUGAUGUAAACCUGCUAAAUUUUCAGGAAAAUGACAACUCUCAUCAUUCCAGUGAUGUACCUUCAGGCAAAUCAAAGAAUGACAUUCAUUUGUACUUAGAUUCUGGCGAAAAUAAUAUUAAGUUUAAUAGACAAAAUUUUAUCAAAUUAGCAGCUGGAUCAGAACAUAGAUCUAGUUCCCCACCACUGAUUGUGUCCGACAACAAUGUUAUUGAUAACACUCACUUACUCAAAGUGUCCAGCGAAAAACUAAGCAACGCUGAGGAACAUUCUGUUGACUCUGUGGAAUCCAAUAUAUGUGAAGUCAAGGUUACCGAAAGUAGUUCAGCAGAAGAAAUAAGUGGACAUUUAAAUACUAUCCCAGUUGUCGUUAGUAUCACAGAUCGUUCAUCUGAUCAGUUUCGUAGAGUUAAGAAUCCUGAUGCUCUGAGUUUAAAAGAUAACAUCGACUCAGUAAUAAGAUCGUCAAUGCAGCUUGAUAACAAUAUUAUUGAUGCAUUCAGAAACAACCUUGAUGUCAGUGAAAUGUCUACGAAGACGUUAAAUGAUAAUGAGAACCAAACUAUUGAUCCAGUCAUCGACCAGCUACUCGUUAUUGAAGGUGUUUUACCAAAAGAAACAGAUGAUUACUCGACAAUUUUGACAUCUGAGAUAAAAAUUUCAUUUAACUCGCUACAUACACUAGGAGUGUAUCAAAAAGAAGAUAGUUUUUUGGCAAAUUCUGGCCCAGAUAAAUGUGGUCCAGCCAAAGAUAGGGAAUUACAAAACGUUUCUAAUGAAUCAGCUGGAAUGCUUGUUACUACUAACCAACCCUCCAAUCUAGAAUCAUGUUCAAGUAUAACUGGACUCUGGGAUAUGGAAACCUGUGAUGACAAAAGUAAGCAGUUUCAGUCGACUUCAGAUACGCUUGCUAUCAAAACACUAAGAGAUACUAACUCAUUUAAUGAACAAAGCUUAGUGCAAACAGUAGCGGAAUUAUCAACUGAAAGUCAUGACGCAACUACUGACUCAUCUGAAAAUAAUACUCAUUCUAAUAAAAUAUCCAGUGAGACAGUGAAUAGUUGUCGAGAACUGGCUGUUGGUGUUCAAGUUAAGAAAGUAAACCUCAUAAAAGGUUGUUCAGUAGACCAAAAAGAUGAGUACAUGACAACCACAGAAAAUUCAAUCAAAGCCAGAAAAAGCUCACUCAGUCAACUUUCUACAGGAGAUAAAAGUCAAAAUGAGGAUUUUCCUGAGGUUAGUAAUAUUUAUCGUAAAGACAAUACUAUUGCCAAGAAAGAACUACAAUAUCUUCCUAUCAGCCUGAUUCCUGAACAAAUGGACACUUUGCAUUCAUCUAAGGUGAUUACGUUAAACUCUUCUUUUACAAAAUCAAAUGACUAUACGUCGCCUGAAUGUACCUUAGAAAAGCAAAUUUGUGAUGACGAUGACGAACACCUCCCUCUGUUGACCAAUAAGACUGUAGAAAAUUUUGAGGAGACCGUUAAGAAACAAAAUGUCAGUAAUAUUGUACCCGUUUCGUGCAAAACUUCAAGGGUUUUUCACGAAUCACAACAAGACGCUGGGAAUUCGUCUGAUGUUAAUAUCAACACUCCUUCGGAUAAUUCGCUUUCCAUCAUUUCUGUAGUAACAAUACCUACUGCCCAGUGUCAGGCUUCUCUGGUUGACGUUUCAUCAAGAAAAGAGGGUGUUUUUGAAAGUGAUUCUUACGUAAAGAACUUUUCAUCUCCUAUCAAUUUAUUGGAACAAUCUGACGUUUUACACACAUUGGUUGGACAUGAAACACAUUAUCCUAUUUCAAAUGUCAGUCGAGUAGAAAGUAAAGGUACUGCUGACCACCUAUCACUUCUCUACAGAAAGGACAUCAUAACCGACAGAUCUAACAAUCAAUUAAGUGUGAAGAAUAAAAACAGUCAAGAAAGCGAACAGUCUCCACCUGAAAUUCCAGCCGUUACUCUCUGCGAUAAAAAGUCCAGUAGUCUGAAGAACUCUGUCAAUUUAUUUAUGGUUAAUGCCGCUGAAAUGUCUACCUUUGAUCAAUCUACUGUUGAUAAGUUGCAUGAAAAUGAUUGUAGUGAGAGUGGUAUUCUUUCAGAUGAUAAAACGAAGUCUUUAUUAUUCGAGCAUGAUGCAAAUACAAUGACUCGUAGUGAUGUUUCAGACAAUAUAGAAACUGAUUUCAAAAACAGUUUAUCUACACCUCCUCCAAGUUGGGAUAGUGAAAGAUCGGAUUAUUCAAACAUAACCAAUUCAUCAAGCAUCUAUCUAAACGACUCUGAAGUCAGUUUGCAAAUGCCAGUGUCUGCUUUGAACUCAUCAUUACAGCUUGAAGAUUAUAUCAACUUUACAGAUAAUACUGCUUACUGGAUAAAUCAUAGACUACAUGAUACUGAGAUUGGUAAACAGACCGUAAAGUCAAUUUUGGUCAACGAAAAUACUGAAGAUGUUGAACAGAUAUUGGCCAUUUUAUCACCAUUACAAGAUUUAUCGCCAUCAAAAGCAUCAGCUGAAACAAUGAAUAAAGAAGGAAAUUUGAUACAUACAACUAAUCAAAUUUGUAUUGAUGAAAACUAUAUCCUUAGAUUAUCUGAAAACAAUGGAAGCAACGCAGAUAUUUUGAAUCUUGAGAAACAGAGUAAUGAAAACAGUGAUACAAGCAUAUCUAGAGGACGCUGCAUAUUCACUGAACAACCUUAUAAUAUACUGAUGUCAUUCUUCCAUUUGGCCACUUUAUAUGUUCCAAGACAUGUUUAUUGGUUAUACGGUGCGACAUUUACACCAAGAGAACAAUUUCAUCAAAUAAUGGCCGGCCGACGAAUGCAUAUUAGCGUUUUUGGAUUACGUGAUCCGAUAAGUGUAGCUGGUGUAUUCAUUGGUGUUGCAUUAGUAUCACCUUAUUUGAGAACAUGGCCGCAUCUUCUGUCUGACUUUUUGAGUUCAUCAGAAGUCUCUUUAUUAAGACCAUUCUAUUGGGUGGAUAGGCCUAUACUUGAACAUAUUGGCUGCCUAUUGUACACUUUACCUUCUUCUAUUCGUUGGGGUAGUACAGUAAUCAUAAGCUCCUUCAGACAAUAUCCUUGGUCAUUAGCUAACCCAUCUGCAAAGUUAUCAUCAUCAACAUGA